AUGGAUUAUGAAGACGAAGAGGAUGAAAGGAGUGAGGUUAACACCUAUGAGGUCGAUUGGGGUGAAGAACCAAAUAACUCAUGGGAAGAAGAAUCAAACCAGAAUUGGUGGGAAGAAGAAACUAAUUCCAAAAUCAGUUUAUAUGAAGAGGAUAGACGUGUAGCUGAAUCAUGGUGUGUGGAGGCUAGUCUCACAAAUGGUUUCGAUGGGUUAGAACAUGAAGAACUAAAGUUUGGUGAAGAACAUUCUGAACCUGAAGGUUACUUUGAAGAAAAGGAUAAUCACCAAGGUGAAUCCUGGCAUGAAAAUUCCACAGAAGAAACGUUGGGUGAUAAAACUGAUUCUGAAAUCAGUUAUGAAAAUGAGCUAGAACGUGAGGAAGAAGAACCUGAACCACUAGACCAUGACGCCAAGAGUUACAUCUCCUACACCACAUCAAAUAAUUACGAAAACUACUCAUCAGACUACGAUGAGAAUUAUGAAAGAGAAUUCGAUAAAGACAGGCCGUGGUGUGAAGAAACCGACUCUCAAAUCAGUUUAGUAGAAACUGAUCCAUUUGAUGAAGAACCUUGGAACAACAAGGCUGAACCAGGAGAUAGCUUUAGUGAUGAAUCAAAGUUUGAAGAGGAGGUCGAGUCCUUCAACAACACUAAUCAAUCUGAAUCAUGGGAGUAUUCAACGGAGGAUGAAGUAGAUUUCAAACCCUAUCACAUAUGUUUUGCGGGUCAUCACCAAGGACCAUACGCUUACUUGAGACGGGCAAGAGAUAUGGAGGAUUGGCUGCAAGCCAACCAAAUCUCUGAGGAGGAAAAAACGUCUUAUGCCGAAGAUACUCUCACCGAGGACGCUUUUAGGCAAUGGGAACAAGAUGCAUAUAUUCGACUUGAGUAUGAUGUACCAGAUGCUUCUUGGGAAUAG